UUCAUCCGUACUCGUCUCCACAGCGAAAAUUUAACCCCGCCGUACUCGCCACAGAUUAAACGCUCAGUGCCAUCCUCCUAGUCCUCUCUCCCUCUCUCCCUAAUUAUUCCUCUCUCUCUCCCUCUCUUUCACGAGUAAUUGUCACAGAAACAGUAGGCCAGCCAAAAACAAAAACGAAAGAAGAACAGGGAAGGAACGGGGGAAAAAAAAAAGUAAAGAGAUAAGGCAGAGUAGAAAAACAAAAAGCUAUAAAAGUAGUCUGAUGUUGCCAGAAAUGGUCAUUGUUGCAAUCCUCAAGCCUUUUCUCUUCUCUUCUCUUCUCCUCUUCUUCUUUGCUGUGUCAUGGCUGCGUGAUCCCGAGUCGCACCUCCCGCCGCGCUCCCCUACCUGUUUUUAAGAAGAGCGACCGGCUCUGGAGCUCCUUCUUGCAGAAAAGGCUCGUCCUUUUUGUGUGUGUGUGUUUUCCUACUUCAAGAUCGGAUUUUUAGGGUUCUUGCUGGUUCUGCGUUGGAGGUGUUCGCUGACGAACUGAGGACGGCCAGGAACGAGAGAUUAUUAUGCUGAGGAAGAAAUCGAGGCCAGUUGCUAGGAAACAAGGAAGCUUGAUGUCUGAGAAGCAAUCUUCCUCUUCUUCUUUUUCUGUUAAUGGCGGAAGCAUCCAAAGCAAGCCCUCGCCUUUGUCCCUCUUCCCUUCUCCGAGGCUCUUCAGGAGCUUCUCCUGUAAGGGAUUCUCAGACCACGAGUCCUCCAUGAGCCCUACCUCCAUUCUCGAGACCAAGCACCUCUGUUCCUUGGGCGCCCUCUCCGUCUCCGACAGGCCUAAGCCCAAGAAGCCGUCUUUCGAAAAUGGCGGUUCGGAGCCGACGGGCCUCGGCAUUCUCGACGCUCUCGCCGUCGACGAUAAGCUCGAGGAGUCUUCGGACGCUCCACCGCGGAGGAGGAUGAUCGUGUUCGGGUCGCAGUUGAAGGUCCAGGUUCCCCCUCCUCCCAUGGAGUUGCCUGCCUCGCCCAUCGAGUUCGGCGUCAAGAACAAGGACUCCAAAUUGGCCUUGUUCUCCCCCGCCCUGAGGUCGUCCCUGGGGACCGAAUCCCCGGCGCGGGAAACCUUCUCGCCCCGGAGCAUUUCGGUCAGCGAGAUGGAGCGGUCGGAGGACUACACCUGCGUGAUCUCGCACGGCCCCAACCCCAAGACCACCCACAUCUUCGACAACUGCAUCGUGGAGAGCUGCGGCGACGAGGAAGACCGCCGGCGCCUCGGACAUCUCGUCGGACAGGUAAGAUCCCUUCCCGUCGUUUCGCGUUACUGAUGCAUCAGUGCUUUCGCCGGAGAUGAUCAUGUGCCAUUUUCUCCCCUUCUCGGGCUUUUCCGGCCACGAGACUCCUCCGGCAAGGAGACCGCCCUCUCCUAGUACUCCUUUGAUCAUGAAACUAGAUUGAAUAUUACAUUAUCUCCAUUCAAACUCAAGAACAUCCACAGCAAGCCUGUAAAUUUUGCUCAAAACAUCAUCACGAUUCAAGCAUGAAACUGCAUCAACUGCAAUAAAAAAAAUCCUGAUGUUGUUUGCUUGCCGAGAGAGACAUUUUGAUUCCUUAUCACUUUCAUGGCCAAGAUCAGACGACACUUCAUGAAUAUUAAAAAAAAAAAAAACUUCAAUAAGGGCCGGUCCCCAGCCUGCCUGCUCAAUUGACU